GAGCUGAGCAUCUGAUUCGCCUAUGAGAGGAUAAAUGUAGACGCCGGUGACGCGCGAAGAUCUCGAUGCCUGUCGCGGCGUCAGGACCGCCUGGUCUGGGGGGCGGCAAGCCGGGAUCUCUCAAAGACCCCCAGGUGGCCGAACUUUUUGACAGAGAUGACCCGGAAAAAGUAUUUGUUGACCUCAGGGAGAUCGGUCACGGCAGCUUCGGAGCGGUCUACUAUGCCCGGAACGCUAUCACGAACGAAGUGGUCGCCAUCAAGAAAAUGUCUUUUUCUGGAAAGCAGAGUGCAGAGAAAUGGCAGGAUAUUUUGAAAGAAGUGCGAUUCCUCUGUCAGCUGAAACACGAGAACACCAUCGACUACAGAGGAUGCUACCUCAAAGAGCACACCGCGUGGCUGGUGAUGGAGUAUUGUCUAGGUUCAGCGUCGGACAUCAUCGAAGUGCACAAGAAGCCGCUGAAGGAAGAAGAGAUCGCGGCUAUGUGCGAAGACGCCCUGAACGGUUUGGAUUAUCUCCAUUCCGGGGGACGUAUCCAUCGAGAUGUCAAAGCGGGCAACAUCCUGCUAACAGAAACCGGUCGAGUCAAAUUGGCGGACUUCGGAUCGGCAUCGAUGCAUUGUCCGGCAAAUUCAUUUGUCGGAACGCCGUACUGGAUGGCGCCCGAAGUCAUAUUAGCCAUGGACGAGGGUCAGUAUGACGGAAAAAUCGAUGUCUGGAGUCUCGGAAUAACGUGUAUUGAACUAGCGGAACGCAAACCUCCCUACUUCAACAUGCACUCGAUGUCAGCGCUUUAUCAUAUCGCCCAGAAUGACAGCCCCAAGCUGUCAGCGACCUAUGAGUGGACGGAAGAAUUCCGAAACUACGUCAUCGAUUGCCUGCAGAAAGAUCCUUCAACAAGACCGACGGCCGCUCAACUACUCAAGCACAACUUCAUCGUUCGACCGCGACCCAGCCGAGUUCUCUUGGAUUUGAUAAUCAGGACGAAAUCAGCGGUUCGCGAGUUGGACAAUAUUAACUACAGAAAAAUGAAGAAAAUCCUUAUGAUCGACGGAACGACCGAAAGCAACGGCGACAACGGACAGGUGGUCUCCGUUCACGACGAUGGGGACAGCGCUGUCAGCGAGGACGGCGAUGCCUCGAAAAGCAACAGUCUUACCUCGACGCAAAGCAGUAACGUUUCUACGAGUUCUGGCGUCAACGAUCAGAAUGCCGGUAGACAUUCCAUUCAUCGUCAGAGCAUAAGUAACUCGUCGUCUGCUAGCCUCAAUAGUGUCACGGAGGUCGGUGCUCUCGACGGCCAGGGUUCUCUGGUAGGCACCGUGAACCGCAACGAUAACUUUGCAACCAUUCGUACUACUUCAAUCGUCACCCGUCAAAUCAAAGAGCACCAAGAGCAGGAGAACGAGCUCCAGAUGCGUGGCUACAAACGGAUGCAGGACCAACAUCACAAAGCUUUGGUUGUGUUAGAAGCCAAGUGUCUUCAGGAGAUGGAAGAUCAUAAGGCGAAGCUCGACAAAGAGUACGAAAGUCUUCUGAUGUCGUUUGGCAAAGAGCUUGAGAAGCUCCAGAUCAAGCAGCAGCAGGAACUUGAGAAGAAGGUCAAGAGUAAUGUCGGCAACGAGAAGCGACUCAUAAAAGCGAUUCAAGCCAAACAGGACGAGGAAACGAAAAAGUUCCAGCAGCUGCAGAAAUCUGCGUACAAAAACGAAAAGGAAAAGUACAAACAGCGCUACGACGGGGAGGAACUCAAGAUACACAAGGCAGGACUUCACGAAAGCCAAAGUCAAGAGCUCACGAGGCUGGGCGUCAAUCAGGCCGGUGCGCUCCGGCGAGAAAUCAGGAGGUACAGACGCCGCAAACUGGUCCAAUAUCAUCAAAUGGAACAGGAGCAACUCAGGGAAGAAUUGGAUCGACGUCAGCAGCAACUGGAAAAAGCUCAUCUGAUGCUGUUGAGACAUCAUGAAGAUACUCAAGAUCUCGAACUGGCCCAGCAGAAGGCUGUCCAUGAAUUGAAGGCCGAGCACCUGCGUAGGCAGCACGAGACCGAAUUGAGUCUCCAGAAGCAAUACAGCACGCGGCGUGAGCACGAAUUGCACAAGAAACACGCGGCAGAAGUGAAGCAGCAGCCGAAGAGUCUCAAGCACAAGGAAGUGCAGAUUCGGAAGCAGUUUCGCGAAGCCUGCAAAAUCCAAACCCGACAGUACAAAGCCUGGAAGAGCCAGCUCAUGGCCAGCACACCACGAGACCGGCAGAAAGAACUUAUCAAAAAGCUUAAGGACGAACAGGUUCGCAAGUUGGCCCUGCUGGGCGAGCAAUACGAACAGAGCAUAUCGGAAAUGCUGCAAAAACAAUCGAUUAGGCUUGACGAGUCGCAGACGGCAGAACUCCGCCAGCUGAAGCAGGAUCUCCUCAGCGAACAGGAGCUUCUACUCGCUUUCCAGUCGAAGAAGAAAAUUAUGUUCGAAAGUCAAAGGAACAAAGAGCGCCGCGAACUCGAGGAUCGUAUUCAAAACCGCCUCCGAACGAUCCAAAUCAAGAUGGACAACGAAAGGAAGCAGUUUGCCGCGGAGCGUAUGUCACGACAGCAGCUGCUCUCCGAGAGGCAAAUGGCCGACAUCCACAAAUUUGACAUCGAGAGCGGGCAAAUGGGUUUCACUUUGUCAGAAAUUCUCGCCGCCGACGAGGGGCUCGCCGGCGCACAUUCGCUCUCCGGGAGUCUCUUAAGCUUAGCGCACUCUAAUUCGACAACAUCUUUUGGCCAAGGAACCACUACACCCCAGAGCAACCAGUCCACGCCGCUCUGAAAAGCGAUGUAUUCCCCCCAAGAUGUAUUCCGAAAGGAAUGAGGAGAAUCGCUCGAAGGCGGAGCGAACACGAAAAACUCAGAGCCAGGCGCAUGCCACGCACAAGACCGAUAUCUCGAUAGGCCUAAUGCUGUCUAGCUCGACGUAAAUUCGACAAAAAACUGAGAUGCGCGAUUCGAUGCGCGUUGUCCUAAAUCUUAAUUCUUCCAUUCUGGCCCGAUCCGCGAGCAGAAAUCCGGUGAAAUGCAUGCGAUACUAGCUUUCAUAGAUGCUGUCCUAGGCUAGUUGUUGGAUAACUCACCUGCAACUAAUCCGGAUGUGGCUUUUCUGACCGAAGCUCGAAGUUCGAGUAAUCCUCUGAUUCUUCUAAAAUUCCCGAGGUUGUAGAUCCGAAGUACAAC